UCCAAUCUAGAAGGAUCUCCCUGCACAGAUAAAUUAUUAACUGUGACCUGUAUAAUUGCUUCUUGACCAGCUUUUCUUGACCACAGGUCACCUCUAGGUUCUUGCAGCUGUGGACUGUCAGCAUGGAAUCUACAGCAAAGUUCUUCAUAGCUCUGACUGCAUUGUGUUUAGGUUUCUCCAGUGCUGGGCUACCCAUGAAUAUGGAACAAUUCAUCAGGACUGUGGAGCAGAUAGAAGGUUCAAACCCCAGUUUAACUGCCCUGUCUGUUGUCAGAAGUCUGCUGCAGGUGGGUGGUUAUGAUAACCCCUUUUUCAAGCACUUCCUGGAGGCGUCCAGUGUCAGGAGUGAACACAAGCCAACCAUACCAGAUCCUGAGUACUCCAAAUUCAUUCGCCUUGCUGUUCACCACAAGGUGACGGACCAGGGCAGGGAAGAGGGUGUGGUCCUCUGUGGUGAUGGUACCACAGUGGCGCUUGGCCCUGUCCUCUUGGGAAUUGAAGCCGGGCUGUCGGCAGGGACAGGAAACCCUCCCAAGGGCCUGUGCAUCCUCACUCUGGCUAGGACACUGGGCUUGUCUUUCCUGCAUUAUCAUAACUCUUCUCUUUCUCAAAGUCUGGGCCCAGAUGGAUGUUGGGACAAUGUUACCACCCCAAAAAAUUUCACCCUCUCAGGAGCACCAUCCCUGGCUACUGAUGCUCUGAUCAAUGGAGGGAUGGACGGAAUGCUCCUGGGUGUGCAUCUGUCCAGCCUGCCCUCUCAUUCCCUGCGGUUGAGUGCAGUGCUGAAGGGGUACUAUCGACAAGGCCUUGAGGGCCCAGAUGCACCUCCGCUUCUCAUUAGCGCUUUCCGUAGGGACAACUUUGGACAGCUGGUCAACAUUUCUCUCCUGGAGGAGGAGGUCUUGAGUUCCCUGGCUGUUCACAGGAAGUUACAUGAGGAGGUGGAUCCAAGGACCCCAGUUGUACUGGAGGAUGUGGUGAAGACAGGGGUACAAGAGUUUAUUCGCAGGUAUAUUGAGUGUCCGGCCAUCAUCCCCCGAUGCCAGUGGGGUGCAAGGCCUUACCACGGCACCCCCGUGCAACUUAAGCUUCCUCUGUCUUUCGUGUACAUCCACCAUACCCUCAGUCCUAGGCAGCCCUGCCACUCCUUUCAAAAGUGUGCCACCAACAUGAGGGCCAUGCAGCGCUUCCACCAGGAUGACCGUGGCUGGGACGACAUUGGCUACAGCUUUGUGGUGGGCUCUGAUGGGUACCUGUAUGAGGGACGUGGCUGGCAGCGGCGGGGGGCCCACACACGAGGCCAGAACUCGCGAGGUUAUGGGAUCUCCUUCAUCGGUGACUACAAUGACAUGCUUCCCUCUUUGCAUUCCCUGAGGCUGGUUCGGGAGCGCAUGGCAACCUGUGGGGUGGGUGGAGGCUGGCUGGUUUCCAACUUCAGCUGGCAUGGCCAUCGGCAACUAGUCAACACAAAAUGCCCAGGCGAAGCCCUCUAUGCAGAGAUCCAGGGCUGGAAGGGCUUCCAGCUAAGGAACAGCUCAGAUGGAGGUGCUAGUCAGUUGUAAUUCCCUAAAUGGCCUGACAUAGUCUCAAUAAAUUGAACCAAAUGUAUUAUAAUUAAUCAAUCUGAUUUUGUUGUCGUAAUUAAUAUGUAUAAAUUUACAGUUUGUAUUUUUGUUUAGAGCAGGUUGUGGAGUUGUUUUGAACAUUUGUUUUGCACUGGGGCUACUGAUAGUGUGGAGAACAGAGUUACCAUCUUUAGCCUCGAGCAAAUCACUUCCCCUGAAUUGCUCCAGCUGUAUAAAUCAUUGCAAGUUGCUCUGGAGAAAA